GGGACUGGCUCCCCGCCAGGCGCGGUCUGGACCCCCGCCGGUCCCGGCUCCGGGCAGCGCGCCGCGCGGGUCCGCCGCGGCCCCUCCAUCCCCGCAACCCGGUCUGGCGGCGCCGCGCUCCGCCCGCUCGGAGGGCGCUCGGCCGCGGAGUCCCGCGCUGGGGAGGGGCGAGCGGAGCCGCAGCCCUCUCGGCGGGACCAGACCGACCGGGAGGCGAGCAGACGCGGAGCUGGGCAAGCGCAGGGCUGUGGGCCCCUCUCUCUGGGCACACGCCCUCCGCGCCGCGCGCUCUCGGGGGCCGAGUGGCCUCAGACCUUGCCAAUCAGCGGUGCUGUGCGCCCCGCUUGCUCCGCGGCGCGUUAAACGUCAGGAGGUUGCUGCUCAGAUGGGGUCACCAGACGCCUUCUCCCCCUUUCCCCGGAGCCCGCGGGGUGAGCAAUGAGCCAACCCCAGCCGGACGCUGCACUCCUAUAAAUAGCGCGCGUGUGCCCGCUUGGCGCUCUCCAGGCUGCGCUAGGAGAGAGAAAGUUGUGCGCAGGGACUGGGGGCGCGAGGAGAGGCAGGAGAGGACCCCGCCGGACGAGCUGCCCUGCACCCUGCGCUCCGCAUCCUGGAACUGAUCCUGCGAACGUGUGCUUUCGGUGCGGGGCACCGGCUGGCUGCUGCGUACCUUCCUGUCUCUGAGUGGCACCAGAUUUGGGGGAAUAUUUUGACCAAGCGAAAGUGGGAGUCGCUAGCGUCCUGGCCAUGAUCACAGCCUUGCAUUCUUCUCGGUGCUGGAAACACCGUUUGCCUCUGUAACUCGUUCCUGCCUCAAGCCAGACUCGUACAGGACCGACACUCGCACCACUUGGCACCGCCACGCGUGUGGCUUCUCUUUGCGUCCCCUGUUUUUCCUGUUCUGUGGUUUAUCUGGUGGUGCUUGGGUUUGGGGUGAGAAUUUAUUAUUGUUUUUUCCCUUGAGGUGUGAAUGCGAGGGUUUGAUGACUUUUAGAUGUCUGGGAACAAGGGUGGGCACAGGAGCCCCAGGCAGGGCUGAUUCUUGGGCGGAGGAGGGUAGGGUAGGGGGUUCUGCAUGAGCUCCUUAAAGGACAAAGGUAACAGAGCCAACGAUAGAGCUCGAAGGGAGACUUUGACUUCAAACCACAGAAUUGGUGGAAGUGUGUGCGCCGCCGCCGUCGUUCCUGCAACGCUGUCGACCUAGCCACUGGCAUCAUCCCGAGCUCCGGGAUCCCGGGGUAGGAGGCGACGCGGGCGAGCAGAAGCGCCAGCCGGCUGCGGCUGCCCAAGCGGCUUACCAUGGGCUCCGGGCGCCGGGCGCUGUCCGUGGUGCCGGCCGUUCUGCUGGUCCUCACGCUGCCGGGGCUGCGCGUCUGGGCGCAGAACGACACGGAGCCCAUCGUGCUGGAGGGCAAGUGUCUGGUGGUAUGCGACUCGAACCCGGCGACAGACUCCAAGGGCUCCUCUUCCUCCCCUCUGGGGAUAUCGGUCCGGGCGGCCAACUCCAAGGUCGCCUUCUCGGCGGUGCGGAGCACCAACCACGAGCCAUCCGAGAUGAGCAACAAGACGCGCAUCAUCUACUUUGAUCAGAUCCUAGUAAAUGUGGGUAAUUUUUUCACGCUGGAGUCUGUCUUUGUAGCACCAAGAAAAGGGAUCUACAGUUUCAAUUUUCACGUCAUUAAGGUCUACCAGAGCCAAACAAUCCAGGUUAACCUGAUGCUAAAUGGAAAACCAGUAAUAUCUGCCUUUGCUGGGGACAAGGAUGUUACUCGUGAAGCCGCCACUAAUGGAGUCCUUCUCUACCUAGAUAAAGAGGAUAAGGUUUACCUAAAACUGGAGAAAGGUAAUUUGGUUGGAGGCUGGCAGUAUUCCACGUUCUCUGGCUUUCUGGUGUUCCCUCUAUAGAAUUUGAUUUCUCCGUGAUGUUUAUCCAGGUGAGGGGUGGCCCGCCCCUGAGUUAUUGGAAGAACAUUUUUUUUUUUCACCAUGGGAUUGAUGUCUUUUAUUGGUUUUUCAUGGGUGAAUAUGGAUUCUCUUUAAGGAUUCUAGACCUGUCUGAACCAAUACAGAGUUUCACAGAUUAUUUGUGUGUGUACGUGUUUCAGUAUAUUUGGAUUGGGACUCAAAGCAGAUAAUACCUAUCUAUGCUUAAAUGUAACAGUCAAAAAGCUGUCUGCAAGAUUCACUUUAAUUUCUUGGGAUUACUGAAUUUUUUGCAGAUGUGGAAUUUUAUUUGUUUAUUUUUAAAAGACUGGCAACCGGGUCUAAGAAUUAGAAAACUCUCAAGUUCUGACUUCAAUCAACGGUUAGUGUGAUACUGCCAAAGAACUGUAUACUGUGUUGAUAUAUUGACUACACUUGUUUUUUUUUUUUUUUUUCCUUUGAAAUUAGUUUGUUUUGUUCUCUGGAGGUAACUGGGAAUUGUUUUUCAGUGACUGGCAUUGUGUUUUCUCUACAAAUAAGGUAAUGAAUGGCUUGUCCGCAAAUUUACCUUGACUAUGAUGAGAUCAUCAACAUGACUUCCCUCAAAAAAACAAAACAAAACAAAAAAAAACCCUUCAUAGUUGUAUUUUAAUUAUAUAUGUGAAAGAGUCAUAUUUUCCAAAUUAUAUUUUCUAAUAGGAAGAAUAAAUCAUAAAUCUGACAAGGAAGAAGUUGCUUACCAGAAUUCUAAGUGCUCAAUCCCCAAACCUUGGCAAAACAGCCCCUCUUCCAAGGGAAAUCUUACACUUGAUUGCUCAACUUUAAUUAACAUGAUUGAUAAUAACCACUUUAUUAAAAACCUAAGGGAUUUUUUUUCCUUAGACAUGACCACUUUAUUAACUGGUGGUGGGAUGCUGUUGUUUUUAAUUAUACCUAUUUUUCAAACCUUAUGUUGUAUUUGAAGUAUCAUCUGGUUUUGCCUUAACUCCUUAAAUUGUAUAUAUUUAUCUGUUUAGCUAAUAUUAAAUUCAAAUAUCCCAUAUCUAAAUUUAGUGCAAUAUCUUAUUUUGUCUUUUGUAUAGGUCAUAUGAAUUCAUAAAAUUAUUUAUGUCUGUUAUAGAAUAAAGGUUAAUAUAUGUUA